UCUGCACAAUUUUCCGUCGCAGGGGUUCGAGCCCGGUCCGGAUUAAAUCUCCCACCGACCUGGCAGAUAUGACGUUGGAGAAUCGGCUCGUAACUUACGACUGGGAAAACCAAUUCAGCAGUUUCCAGUUAACAACGCGCAAGGGGAGCUUCAAACCUUUGUGCUGGAUGAAGAAACCCACACUCUUACCGGGCACAGAAAACGUCGAGUCGCGUUACCCAAACAUUAGCAAACCAUACGAAGAAACAAGCACAUGUCAUAAUCGAAAGUCAAAACCACAUCGAAGGAAGAAGCCCGGGCAAACGGAAUCUGAAGGAGAGGCGGACGAAACGUCCGAAAGGGACGAAGAUAAUUAUGUUGAUGAAGAGCAUGGGGAUAAAACCAAAGUGUAUAGCAGCAUUAGUCUGCAAGAGUCAUCGAGACUGAACACGAGCACUCGAUCUAGGAGUACCUUCGAAUUACAAUUGUCUGUUGUAGUAUACUACAUUGUACUGGCCUUCAGGACAUGAACCCGGGACAUAGCUCACUUCUUUGUAUAACAGUGUAAUUUAUUUUUGUACAUACUGUAAUAUAAAUGAUAUUGUACAUAAGAUACCAACACGUAGUUGUAAGCGCAUACGAUUCUGAAUAAAGGAUUUCGUUGAACACUUAAAAAUAUUCACGAAAAUGAAUGUUUCA